AUGGGUGUCACUGACCCAGCCACUGUCUGGAAGGCACUGGAAGACAAGUAUCAGGCAUCUGUCAGUAUCUGCUUUAUGAGCCUUAUGGGCCAUGUUUUUGAUCUUCCCAAGGCAGCCAACAGUGACUCCCUUACCAAGACCAUUAAGGAAAUUAUGGACAUCAAGGCACAGUUCAAGGUCAUCGAGUCUAUGGAAUGGAAGUGCAAUAAAUAUAUGCUUAUUCAAGCAUUACUGCAUGCCCUCCCUGACUUCUAUGCCCUGCUCUCCCAGCUCAUACUCCAUAGUGGUGAUGCCAAUGCUGGAAAGCUAAUGCUGGAAGGCGUAAUCAGCCAGAUUAGGAACUUGGAACAGCACUAUUUUUCACCACCUACCACCAUGGCUGCUAGGGUGGCAAAAGCAGGUAAACCCACUAAAUGUGCCAAGCUGAAGGAUUUUGAUGCUUCCAAGGGAGAUAAGUGGGAACUCUCAUGGCAUUUAAUGUGUGGAUCCUUGCAACUUGACAUCAUUCCAUCAUUCCUUUGCCUACCUACACAUGAAGCCAAUUUCUCUAAUAUUCUGCUGCAACUGCACAUAUGGAAUCAGACCACACUCUCUUUACUUGCUACUCUCCCUAUAAUCCACCAUUAA